AUGUCUCGCCCCGACACUUUCCUUCACCAAGGAGUCUACAGCACUGCUGACACCAUCUCGGCUUCCGAGAUGCAGCGUUUGCACCCUUCUCUGUACCCCUCGGACAUUCCCAACCUCGCCGGCAACCCCUUCAGCCUCUCGGAGGACUCCAACAUUUGGUCCCCUGAUCCCACCACCCUUCCUACCAUCAACCCAUCAUGCAUUGCCACGAGCGGUGCCAACGACAUGCACGCUUACUUGGCCAACCAGCCUUUUGAUAUGACCGCCAAGCACCAUCCGAGCAAUCGCCGGCGAAGCUCGGAUGGAGUCCAGCUCGACCAGGGGUCGUAUCGGGUCCGUCAUGGCCAGAUCACCCCUCCGUCAGACCAGUCGCCAGCAAACGCCUAUUCUGUUCCCUUGCACGACUCCAAGUCCGCAUACCUCGAAUCGAACCUUGAAGGCUCGUCGGAGGCACCAAAGCGCCGUCGUGCCUCCCGCGGUGGCAGCCGAGGCAGUACUAGAGCAUCAACCUCGGUUGAGCCUUCAUCCCCGGGUGACGAUAAACAGGAGAAGACGAGGGCGCGGAACCGACUAGCGGCCAGCAAAUGCCGCCAGAAGAAGAAGGAGCAGAACAACAUGCUGGAGACCAGAUACGAGCAGGAGAAGAUCAAGAACGAGGAGCUGACUCGCCAAGUGAACUUGUUGAGGGACCAGAUCGUGGUGGCAAAGGACCAGCUUCUUGCUCACUCUGAAUGCGGCCACGAGCCCAUCCAGCAGUACAUUCAGAACAUGGCACAGAACAUCACUGUCCAGCACGAACACCCUGAUUUUGGGGCUACCCCGGCACAUUAUUACCGACGUGGCUCGGAGAGGACCGCUGGCUUUGACUUCGAUGCCCACCCACCAGCGGCGUGA